UCCGAAGCCACUCAGACGCCGCUUGACUCUAGGGAGAAACCCACGCGCCAUUUCUCCCCUCUGCUACAACCCUCUUCAGGAGUACUCGCUGACUUUGGAUACCAAGAAGAUACCCGUGCGUCUUGCAGAGCAGCAUCAGGAGCUUGUUUGACAGUCGCGCGGCGAAUCGACAGGAGAUACGAUGGGUAACGGAGAAGAAGAGAAGCCCACCAUGAAUGAAGGUGGUGAUGAGGAGACUGUGGUGAGGGUGCGGGGCCUUCCAUGGUCCGCAACCGUUGAGGACAUUCUCAAGUUCUUUGAUGGUGUAAACAUCAAGAAUGGUCGUGAUGGCGUCCACCUGACCCUCUCCCGUGAAGGCCGUCCAAGUGGUGAGGCCUAUGUUGAAGUAGCCAGCGAAGAUGAUGUUGCACUGGCUGAGAAGAAACACAAUCAACACAUGGGGCGUAGAUAUAUUGAAGUUUUUAAGGCGAAGCGCUCUGAAAUGGAAUGGGUCGUCAAGAGGGCUGGCUUUGGAGGAUCUGGUGGUGAAGAUGAUGGGUGUGUCAGACUCCGUGGUUUGCCUUUUGGUUGUUCCAAGGAGGAGAUUGCACAGUUCUUCUCAGGGUUGGAGAUAGUUCCGAACGGGAUAGCUCUGCCUACCGACUACCAGGGGCGGCAUACGGGGGAGGCAUACGUUCAAUUUGUUAACAAAGAGGUCGCUGAAAAGGCCCUUGAGAAGCAUAAGGAAAAAAUAGCUCACAGAUACAUUGAGAUCUUCAGAAGCAACCUUGGAGAAGUGCGUGCAGCGAUGAGCCCCAAGAUGAGAGUACCUGGUGGACCCAUGGGAGGUUACAAUAACAGACCAGCUCCCUAUGACUCUCGUGACAGAUUUGGGGGUAUGAACAGAUACAGCCUGGGUGGACGUGGAAGAACACGUGGGUACAAUGACUAUGAUGGCUAUGAUGGCUUUGUUUCAGGUGGGUACAAUGAUUAUGAUGAUGGCCCAGGCUGGGGUGGUUCUGGGGGAUACAAUGAUGGACCCAGUAGUUGGCAGAGUGGCCGAGGUGGUGGAAGAGGUGGAGGACCUGGUGGUAUGAAGGGUAAUUUCGGAGGUGGACGCGGUGGCAGUUGGAGCAGUGGAGGGACAGGCCACUGUGUGCACAUGAGAGGUCUUCCCUUCCGUGCAACAGAGAUGGAUAUUGCUGAUUUCUUCAGACCAUUGAACCCAGUCAACAUCAAUAUUAUCAUGGACAGCCAGAACAGACCCUCAGGGGAAGCGGACAUUGAGUUCGCUACACAUGAUGACGCAGUCAAAGCUAUGUCUAAGGACAAGGCAAACAUGCAACAUCGCUACAUUGAACUUUUUCUGAACUCAACGCCCGGCGGUAACAUGGGCGGUCCUGGAGGUCCAAUGGGAGGUCCAGGGGGCGGGCCAGGAUCCGGUAACUUCGGAGGCGGCGGCGGAGGCAACUUCAGCGGCGGCAACAUGGGCGGCGGGUUUGGUGGGGGGAGGAGGGGGUAUGGGAGGUGGAAUGGGUGGGGGAUGGGAGGGGGGAUGGGCGGAAGCAUGGGCGGCAGUGGAGGAGGAGGAGGAGGAGGUGGAGGAAUGGGCGGCAGCAUGGGCGGAGGCAUGGGCGGCAGUCUUAGCGGCGGCCUCGGCAGCAUGUCUAGCAGUCUUAGCAGGCUGGGUAGCGGCAUGGCCAGCGGACUCGGUAGCGGCAUGGGAAGCAGCAGCUUCGGCAGCGGCUUCAACUCCAACAACGGCUUCGGGCCCAGCGACCAGAUGUCCGGCAACAACUACAACAGCUUUUGCUAAAAUUGUGUUGGGGAACUGAGAGAGAGAGAGAGAGAGGGAGAUUAAGAAAUAAAAAUAAAAACAGGUACCUUAAGGAUCUACUGAGAAGUUUAUUUUUCUUUAGUUGAUAUUACAACUACUGUGAACUUUAAUUGUGUAAUUAAUAAAGAAUGUCAUUUGUAAAAUCGAUUUUUCAUUUAGAAGGUUUGAAAUAUUAAGGAAGAUGCUAAGAUUUUUUGUUAGCACUACCGUGUAACCUCAAUAAAUAUAUUCACGGUGGCACUGUCACUUGGUGGAAACCCAUGAAAAAAAAAACGCAAGUACAGUUAAAACCUCUAAGAUGAAUGGUAGACUAUAAAUAAAACUGCAUCUGACUUCAUCUUAAGUGUGUGACAUUCCAUUGACAUGGUUUGAUGCAGAUCUCAAAAUUGUUCCGUGGACGAUGGUUGAUUACAAAUGUAUUUUUAGGUUAUUUUUAAGGUCUGAAUAAAAAUACAAACCUUA